AUGGAUGAUACGAAGUUCGACGACAAGCGAGCCACAACGAAUGCAUUAAGAAAUCUAACGUUUACGACAGAUGACGAUAGUCAAGACGUUUUCAUCGCCGAGUCUUGGGACAAAGCAAUUUUCGAUCCACUGUUUAAGUCUAAACUCGGUCUUGUUCUCUCCUGCUUGGGAUGCGUUGUUGGAACUGGCAACAUUUGGCGAUACCCGCGCAUCGUAGCAAACAACAGUGGAGAUGAAGAGUAUGAUAAAAAGGCAAUGUUCAACAAGCAAUUAAACUUUCAUCUAUUUCUCUUUCGGUUAUCUGUUGUUGUCGCUCUUUUGGAGUCGCUCUCUUGUGACGAAACAGUAGUUUGCCCUACAGAAAGAGAAGUCAUCCUGUAUAAGGAAAAUAUUACGGUGUACAAACUUAUUGGAUCUGAUAUCAUAUUUACUCCAAAUAUGUCGGACGUCAGACUACAGAAUUUAGUGUCUAGAAAAUACAAAUGGCACGAAUGGAAUGGUAAAGCUAACUUUGUUUUGGAGUGGGGAAAGGAUCCAAAGUUGUCAGACGAAACAAAACUUCAUUUCAGGACGUAUUACAAACAGCUCCGUUCAUCUGCUAUAACAAAGGAAUUCGAUGGUGCGCGCCUACGAUAUACAGCUCGAAUGAAUGACAACACGAGCUUUCAUUCUGGAACGGCAACUCUACACGUAGCAGCUAGACCAACUAUUUCACGGCAAUCCGACAUCUUGCUCGGUGUAUUGGGAUCUACUGUGGAGGCUUGUUUCAAUGUCACCGGAAUUCCCAAGCCGUCACUCAAAAUCAGCAAGGGGAACAAUAACAACGACAUUGUAUCUUCUAUUAACACAGAAAACGGCUGCGUUUACUUCGGACCUUUAAACCGUAGUGACGAUACAAAUGGAUCUUUAAACCGUAGCGACAACAGAAAUGUUACUUUAACUGUGGCAGCAGAAAACUGUUUAGGAAAAUCAAAUUUCACUCUUCACCUUCAAAUUGUUCAAAGAUCAUUUCCAAGUCCAACUACAGUUCAUUGUUCAAGAAAUAGCUCUCACUAUGAAGCACAUACAACGCAACUUCCAACCACCAAGAGUAUCCAAAUACAAAUACAACAAAUAGAUAAUCAAACAACGGACGUUUCCAGUUCAGCAACAAACACAUUCAUUUUGAAUUACAACGGAAGAACUGUGGCGUCGGGCAAAUCGAUAAUCACGGUAUCUGUUAGUUCCACACUAACUCUGCAAUACACUUCGACAAAUUUACACAAUAAGCUAUUCGUUUGUCACAAUGAAAAUACAACGGAUCGUGUGUUUGAUCGCUAUCCAUUCCUAAUCAUACCAAACGUACAACAAUCAGACCAUGGGAUAUACGAAGUCAUAGUAAUAGAUGGGGAUGUAAAUACGAGAUUGUAUUUCAUGCUUCGAGUAAAGACAUCUUAUUCUGCAACGGAUACUUCAAAUCAAGGCAAAGGAUCGCUGCCUACGAAUAGUGUUACCACGGAAGAAACAAAUGGCUACACAAGGCGUCUCACAUCGACAAUAGUUACAACAUCAAGUCACAAUAAGCCUAGACUACAGAGCACGUCGAAAAAGCCAUCUCCUAGUCCAACUACACUUCACUGUUCAAGAAAUAUCACUCAAUAUGCAGCACACACAACGCAACUUCCAACUACCAAUAAUAUGCAAGGACAACAAAUACAUAAUCAGCCAACCGAUGUUUCCGGUUUGGCAGCGAACACAUUCAUCUUGAGUUACAAUGGAAGAACUGUGGCGUCGAGCGAAUCAAAAAUCACAGUGUCUGUUAAUUCCACACUAACAAUGCAAUACACUGUGACUAAUCCGCACAAUAGACUACACGUGUGUCACAAUGAAAAGGCAACGGAUCGUGUGUUUGACCACUAUCCAUUUUUAAUCAUAUCAAACGUACAACAAUUAGACAGUGGGAUAUACGAAAUCAUUGCAAGAGAUAAAGAUGUAAAUACAAGAUUGUAUUUCACGCUUCAGGUAAAGACAUCACAUUCAACAGUGGACACAUCAGAUACACCAUCAAGUCAAAGCGUGCUUGAACUACGUGACACUUCGGAAAAAAUUGAAAUGUCGACUACAGCACUCAUUGUCGUCUCGGUCUGUAUUUUUGUCUUUGCUCUACCAACUGCUUUCCUUGUUUACAAAUAUCGUCGACGUUUGAAUUUGUUAACUCGCAGGCUAGUCGACUCUAGUGAAAAAGAAACUGGAGAACCGAGAAGUCCCACCACAGAUCCAAACGUUGAAGGCGUAAAUAAGAGAGCCAUCUUUACUACAAGUGAGCAAACAGUGAGUCUAGUAAAUUCGACGGCAAAUCCGACGGCUGCAUGUGAAGACGCUCUCUAUGAAUCUGUCGAAAUGAACCAAGUACGACAAGUCACAGUAGAGUCAUCUCAUGAUUUAGCAUCGGAUGUUGCUUUUCAAGACAAUACAGCUUACGGAGGAACAGUUUAAUCAGCGUUUUAAUGUACUGCAUUUUGCUACUGUUUUCUAUUCAGUUGACUUCUUCGCAUAUAUGGCAUCCAGGUAACUGCCAAGUAGCUACUGAUCUUUUUCAGAGUGUAUUUGUGUUAGUAGUGUAGUAUAGGAAGAGUCUAUGCAUUUUGCUGAAAGAAGUCUAUAGUUGUAAGGCUAAUUAAUGGCUUGAAGUGCAGCGAUUUAAGUAACUGAAAUCUAGUUAACAACUUUAGGUAACGACGUGAAAUUGACAUCGAAACUAAUUAAC